CAAAAAAAAAAAUUUCUAUUUUAAAAACUCAUUUGGAUGAUCUUAUACAAAUGUAAUUUUCUAGUUUCACCAAAUUAUAAAGUAGGACAUGGCCAGUUGAUAUUUUGCCAUGCACUAAAUGCAUAACGAACUUGUGUUGGACACACUGUACUUUUUGUUUGACUUGAUAACAGAUACCUAACAGAAUUCUAAGUUUGUUGAAUGUUGAUCAUUUUACACUUAAUACCAUUGCUAUUACAUUUUUAGUUACAGCUAUAUUAUAUCCAGUUAUGUAUUAAAUGUUUUUGUUAUUUGUUUAAAUAUAAAUGUUAAUAUGUCUAUGUACGUAUGAAUAAUGUGGACUAUGUUCUAUUGUAUCAAUAUCAAAUAAUCAUGAGAAUUAAUUAAAGGUUUAUAUAAACUAUAAAGAUAUUAUAAGAAUUAAUAUUCUUGACAAAAAGUGAUGGAGAUUGAUAGUCGUUUCAUAGCAUUUGAAAACGAUCACACUUAUUUAAAAACGACUUAUGCUAACAGUAAAAAUGCAGCAUUUUUACAAGCUACAUUUUCAACAGUUGAAUCCAAAGACAAAACUAUUUUAUCAAAAACUCCAUUGACUAAAAUACAAAGUACUGUUGAUAAAAAUGAAUCUAUGGAAAAAUCUGUCAAUUCUUUGAAUAUACCAAAUUCAAAUGUAUAUUUUAUUUCCAACUCAUUAAAUUUUCCUCUACAUUCAAAUAUUCAAAUAUCACAAAAUAAUUUACCAAUACAACAUAUUAACAUUGAAAAUAAAUCAAUUAUCAGACCUAUAAAACCAAAAAUAACAAAUGAUGUGGAAAUUAUUUCUUCUCCGCAAAGACGAUCAAAUGCAUCUCUAAAUAAUAAAUUACAAAAUACGACAUUAAAAAAUAAUUUAUCUACCAAACCUAAAUUGGUCAAUGAUUCACAAGAGAAAUCUUUUAUUAAAUCUAUGAAUAAUAAAAUAUUAAAAAAUUAUGAAAAUGGAUUAUUCACAAUCAAACUGUCUUCUAAUUUACUAAAGCGUAUUCAGAAUGGACAAAAUUUAUUUAUGUGUGUAGAAUGUAAUAAAAUGUAUACUGAACAUAAAGAUUUGUUGGAUCAUCAAAUGACUCAUGAUAAAUGUACUAAAAAAAUAAUUGAUUCUAAAGAAAAAAGAGAAAGAGAACAUGCAAAUAAUUUUAAAAUUUGUGGAGACAUUAAAAAUGGAAAUGAAAAAUUUACCAAUGACACCCAUGAUUUCAACAAACAAACCAAACCUAUUUUAAAAUCUUCAGUAAAUUCUAAAAAGCGAAAAGUUAUUUUUCAAGGCGAAUGCAUCAUGUGUCAUUCAGUAUUUCCAGAUCUUGGUAAACACAUAAGAACUGUUCACCAAAAUGACUUAAAUAAAAACAAAGGUAGUCAUUUACAAUACAACUGUUUCAAGUGCGAUAUGAAGUUCGAUACUAAACAGCAUCUACAUGCUCAUGACUUACAUGCGCAUAAACCUAUUUAUUCACACACUUGUGAACAUUGUUAUAAAGAUUUUACAUACAAAGCAGACUUAGAAACUCACAUGGAAACUCAUUUUAAUGACAGUAAGAAGUACCUAUGUCCUUAUUGUGAUGUUGGUUUUUCUCAUUCAAAUGGCUUAAGAACCCAUUUAGUUAAACAUAUUGGUUCUAGUACUCCUGAAAAUUCAGCUUUUGAAAUACCAGAUUGUAAAAUAGAAUAUAGUCCGACAAGACCACCUGAACAAUUGGAUCAGUUAUUUGAAGAAUUGAAUAAUAUUUCAAAUGAUGUCGAUGAUGUUUAUAAUGAUCAAGUUUCUGAUGAUAAUUAUCGAGUUAAGCUUGCAAAUGAAGAAACUAAUAAAUUAUCAAUAAUAAACUCACUUACUACAGAAAACCUAAACAUUGAUAAAGAAUUAAACAAUGUACCGUUAGAGACUACAUUAUCAGAUAAGACACGCAUAAGUUAUACUAUGUGUCGGAUAUGCUUGAUUAUUGUAAGUUAUUCAAGAAUUGGUAGGCAUAUGAAGAAAAAACAUAAUAAUGCUGCUCCUUAUCAAUGUGAAGUAUGUCAUGCUGAAUUCAAUCGCAAGCACAUUAUGGAUGAUCACCGUCGAAAGCACACAAAUAAUAAACCACAUAAAUGCAUUCAGUGUUCCAAAUGUUUUACCUACAAACACCAUCUCAAUCGGCACAUGAUGAUAGUUCAUAAUGGUGACUCAAUAGAAAAACCAUUCAAAUGUUCCGUCUGUGAUAAAGCAUUUUCUUUUAAGGAAUAUUUAACACUACAUGUCAAUAGCCGCCACAAGGGCAAACAUUAUAUGUGCCAGAUUUGUGGCAAAAGUUUUUCUACCAAUGCAGCUUUAAAUAAACAUCAGUUGUGUCAUACAGAUGAACGACCAUUCAUGUGUGAACAUUGUGGACGAACAUUCAAAUGUAAAACUCAUUGUGACACACAUAAAAAAAAUAUGCAUCCAGGAGACCCAGAACUAGCAUUACCGCCCGAAAAAUUCGAGUGUAAUCUGUGUAAUAAAAAAUUUAGCACAAAAGUAUACCGUGAUAUGCACUUGAAGAGACAUAAUGGUCUAGGUCAUCAAUGUGAUAUAUGCUAUAAAUUGUUUGUUUCUAAAGCACAUAUGCGAAGGCAUAUAAAAAUUAUGCAUCGCAACUAAUUUUAAAUAAAUAGAAUUAACUGAGAUAAUUUCUUUUUAUGGAAAGUUUGGCACCUAUCCAUAUAUUCAUUAUGUGUAUUUAAAUUUUGUUAUGACUAUUUAUUUAAAAUGUUUUUAAUAAAUAAUUUAUUUUUUA